GUCGCUAACAUUUGAAACGCAUGAUUCAAAGGCUGAAGAAGAAGAUAGAAAUCAUAUGGUAUUUAAGAUAGUUCUGUUGUUGGUGGGGGGCUUAGUUUAGUUGGGGUGUUUGUUAUGGCGUCGUCGGACCGAAAGCUCAUUGUGGUCUCUGGAUUUGGACCAUUCCUCGGUCACGAAGCGGUCAACGCCAGCUGGGAAGCAGUGAAACUGCUGCCGGAAAUCCUAACCCAUAAUGGCGUAGAAUAUGAUCUGGAAAAGCGGUUGGUUUCGGUGGAAUACGGGGCUGUGGACGAGGCGGUGGCGGAGAUUUGGGAACGCCAGCCAUAUCUUGUUAUCCAUGUCGGUGUUUCGGGCGUUGCCAAAUGUGUGUACAUCGAGAAGCUGGCGUACAAUCACAAAUUCCGCCGAGCUGAUAAUUGUGAUAAAAAACUGGCCAACGGCACUUGCGAACUACCCAACAAUGGACAUGCAAAUGUCUUGAAGACCGAAUUAGAUGUGGAUAAGAUUGUGGCGGUUGUAAAUGAGAAUUGCGCCGAUUGUGUGGCACCCACACAGCAGCCGCCACAUAAUGAUAAUCUCAAAUCCCUGAGCGCCACAAGGGCAUCCAAAAAUGUGGGUGACUUUCUCUGCGGCUAUAUCUAUCUGAAGUCGCUCGAUAUGGACAGAAAACGGAGCCUGUUUGUCCAUGUACCACCUGUAGAUAGGCCAUUUAGUAGUGUUAAGACUUCGGAAAUACUAUUUAGCAUAGUCGAACAAUGCAUUCAACAGGUGGUCGCUUUUGACUCCUGAAUUCCGCAAUAUAUUCUUCCAAUUUCUGUCUUUUUGUGAAUUAUUUACAUGUUGUGUGCUGUUAAGUUGUUUAAGAAAUGAGUUUAUUCUUUUUAAGAUACAAUAUUGCAUAUUCACUUUAUGUUACAAUGAAACAGAAAAUCAAUACAACUGCAAUAAUAAUUACACAGUCUUUUUCGCGUUUACACAACACCAGCCUUUAUUUUAAAAAAGGUAAAUGACAUUAAGAAAAUGACGUAAGGUAUUUCAAAUAAAAUUUAACAAAAAAACUGAAUUAAAAAGGCAGAAUUAUAAGGUCUUUACAAAUUGCCUUAUAUGUAUGUUAAGUUAACUCAUAGACAAUAAAAUACGAUACUAUUUAUAUCUCAGUAUUUUAAAAUUAUGGCAUUCGAAAAAACCCUAAUAUGUCAAAUAAAAAUAAGUACAAAACUUCAAAUAUAUAAAAUAGAUUCAAAAAUAAAAAAAAAAUACCUUCGACGAUUGCCAACCUUUGGGCAACAAAGCGCCACCUACAGUUGAUGCAGAUAUGCAUUGACACAUAUCGAUAUAAGUAAAAUAUAUCGGAAAUUUGUAGAGAAAUACCAAAAAUCCCUCAUUUAAUUCAACUUUAUAUGUAUAUAUCUCUGCGUUUCACUGUCACUCGAAUUCAUUUGAAUUUCUACUUGCAACCGGGCAAGUUCAGCGCAGUUCGAAUCCCAGUUUUGGUUGGCGAGUGUGCUGCACCCACACAGGGCAAUAGAUUCAUUAAAUAU